CUGGAAGUCGAAGAUCAAGCUUGUGAUCGAGGAAGGAUUGAAGAUCGACAGAAACGUUCUUUAGCGGCCGCUUCUUCCACUAAACUGACGUCGCAACCGGUUCCUUAUUUCCGCGAAUAGCCGUCGUGCCUAUAAGAUAACGUACGUUCCUCGAAUAAGAGCGACGACUUCCAGGCGAUAUCAUCCAAGCGUCAAUCACCAUCCUCCAUCCUAUCCCAUGAUGGCGAUGGCAAACCCAGCGUCGUUCGAUUCCAUAGUCCAAGCUUCCGCGGAAGGAGUGAUUCAACUCAUCACCACCGCCUUCCUCGACAGCAUUGUCUUCUUCACCACCUUGGGCCUCUGUAUUCUGGCUCCCAAAAUCUCACUUAAAAUCAUCCAAAGCACGGCACGUCGGAAGUUCAGCCCGGAACAUCAAGAGGUGUUCCGUGUGGGUUCGGCAAUCGUUCUGACACUGAUGCAUGCCUUCUUGAGUAUGCUGUUUGCUCUCCACGACGACUCUGGUCUUUCGCCGAAUGCGCCGUCUGUUUUUUGGGCGCUUAUGUGGUCGAGUGGGAUUUCGCUUGGGGUGGCUGGUGGGUUUACGGCUGCGGCGGUUUUGUUGGUUCUGGGAUCGGAUGUUUUCGGUCUUUGAGCGCUGCUAAGACCUGUCGUCUCGUAUUCGGCGAGGCAAAAACGCUAUUCGUCGUAGGGUGCGUGGACACAAUGAGAGUGACCGUUCAAGGAAGUGGUGGAUGCAGUUUAUGACCAGGUGUCCG